CCGUUCUACGAUGAGAACUAGUCCAACACAGUUUGUUAUUAUGGUGGAGUUCAUGGAGAGAAAUGGGGACUUAGCUAAACCAACUGGAGGCCCAAGGGGUCGGCAGUGGGCCACAAAUAAAUGGCGGGAGCUCGCUGCGAAAUUAAAUUGCGAUGGAACUGGUGACUCCCGAACGGAAGAAAAGUGGCGAAAGGUCUGGACGGAUUUUAAAAAUAAUACAAAAAGGAAGGCGGCCAAAUUAAAUAGAAGCAUGACUGGAACAGGGGGUGGUCCAGCUUUGAAGAUAAGCCUCACAGACUUAGAGCUCAGAGUGCUGGCGAUUAUGGGAGAGCAGGCUGCCUCAGGCAUGAAUACCAUCCCUGAAGUUGGUUUUGAACAUGUAGAACAAGAAGUGGAGUUGGCAUCACAGGAGGUUGACAUAAACCCAGUAGAAGAGAUUGAUUUUCAGAGGGAGCCCUCUCCUCUACUAAAUAUAUGGGAUGAGGACUGGAACCAACCUGGCACCAGCCAAGAGCAACCGCCUCGAGCACCAACUCCACCACAAACUAGGAAGUGGACUCCACAACCAAAGAAAAAAUCUCAAAACUAAAAAUGUAGCAGAUCUAUUUUUAAGUGCUGAAAUGGAUCGGAUGGAAGGUAAAAUGAUGGUGAAAUGAUUCGGGAUGGAAGGUAUUUUGAACUGGAGAAAGAGAAAAUACGGCAGAGAGAUUUAGAGCUAGAAUUGCAAGCU